UCAUAAUCUGCAAUUCGGGCAUGCAAGAGAUCAGUAGAUGACUCAAAACUAUGUUCGUCCCAGCACAAUUAACACUGCUCGCCAGACGUACUCACAGUGUGAUUAUAUAGAGAUCUUUUAUAGAAUUUAGCAAUGAGCAAUAUGCCUGCACGUAAGCACAACACACCCAAAAUAAUAAUAAGAACACAUUUGAGCAAACAAGUACCCAAAACACCUCUCGGGUCCCAAAUCCAAAUUUGUGGAGAACUCAAGCCCAAACACUGGGCUCUGUUUUGGGCCCAAAGCUAGCCCAUCCCCCAAGCCCACGACCUUAUACUGGGCACCCAAAAAUCUGAUAUGGGCACCCAGUCAAGGCAGGACCUGGCGCCAUUGCUGCACCUCUGAUCGCCACACGCCUAGAAUCAGCACACCCUGCAGUGCCUCCAUCCCAGAUUGCGCCGUCACCGACAAACCAUCCAGGUGAUGACAUCCUCGGCCAUACAAUAUGACCGUCCCCAUCACCGCCAGCAAGCUCGCCGUGCCGACAUCUGGUGGUCUACCCCAUUGCCACAAUAGCCGAUCAGACAACAAAACCAUCAAUUCCUGUCUGUUAGACCAGAUGCAGCACCGAUCUGAGGUCGAAGACGAACAUCGACGCAGGUCUUCUCCACACCGGCCAAUGCUGAAGAGAAACACGAGCAAAGAAAUUGCCAGUGCCCUCAUCACCAGAAUCCCACGAUGAAUUGCCUUGCCCCUGCUAAGUGAUCGGAGGAUCCUCGGAAGAAUCCACCGUCACUCUCCGCUCAAACCCUAGGGUUUGCUCUCUAAAAAUACCACUUGGGUUCUUCAACAAUCAGUUUUAGGGGAUUGGCUUGCAAGGUGGUCGUCUUGUGUGGAAAAGAGGCAGAUAUGGAGCGAGUAGAACACUUCCAUAAAUUUUCAGCCAAUAUCGCCUCUCUCUCUCUCUCUGUUUCGUCAAAGCUUUGGCUACUCUCAUGAUCCAAACCGAAGGAAAAAAAUUCUUAUGCUCAGAAAUCAUUCAUUCUUAAAUCAAUUCAGCAAACAUGUUGUUUUCAAGUUAUGAUGUCCAAUGGAUAUAGAGCAAGUCACACUUCAGGCUUAUCAAUAGUUGGUUAUUAAUACGAAGAUAAUGAGUUUCUCACUUAUGAGUUGUACAGUUCAUGUGUUAAUGGACUGAAUAUAAUCAUAUUCAGUUGAGUUAAGCAUCAGAGGAAGAUUCUUUAUUAUAACAAGCAUUCGUGCCAUGAGCCUGAAUUUUGAUUGAUGACGGACCUAUAUUUGCAAUUGUGAGAUGUGUCCAAAUCUGUUAUUUGCUUCAUAAAAAUUGCAAAAGCAUUUAUUGUUUCAAGUUCACCUAUGAAAAUGGGGAAUGAGGAUCACCAUGAAUCUCCAACCCCAACAAAUGAAGGUGAGAGUUCUAAAGAACAUAUUAUCCUGCAUGGUGAGCUAGAUUUAUGGAUUAUAGAAGCUAAAUCUCUUCCAAAUAUGGAUUUACCUUCAGAAAGAAUGAGAAAGUGUUUUACCAUGUUUGGAACUUGCUCUGCUCCUUUUGGAAAUCGGUCUACUACUAAAGCUCUUUCUGGAAAACGGCCUGCAACUAUUACAAGUGACCCUUAUGUUUCUGUUUGCCUAGCAGGAGCUACUGUAGCUCAGACUAGAGUAAUUUCAAAUAGUGAAAAUCCUUCAUGGGAAGAACAUUUUUGUGUGCCUGUUGCUCACCCUAUUAUGAAGGUGGAGUUUCAUGUUAAGGAUAAUGAUGUUCUCGGAGCUGAACUUAUUGGAGUAGUUGAGAUAUCUGUUGAUAAAAUCAUUUCGGGAAAUACAAUUAAUGAUUGGUUUCCCAUCAUUGGUAAUCCUGGAAAUUGCUUGAAACCUUUUCCUGAAUUGCAUGUUUCUGUUCAGUUUAAGCCAGUUGAAAACAACCCUCUAUAUAAGAAUGGUGUUGGUGUCGGGCCAGAAUAUAAAGGAGUUCCUAAUACAUAUUUUCCACUUCGCAAAGGAGGGAGUGUCACUUUAUAUCAAGAUGCUCAUGUACCUAAUGAUAUGUUACCUGAAAUUUUACUAGAUGGUGGUACAGUUUUUCAGCAAAGAAAAUGUUGGGAAGAAAUAUGUCACGCUAUUUUGGAAGCUCAACAUCUUAUAUAUAUUAUAGGGUGGUCUGUAUACCAUCGUGUCAAGCUUGUAAGGGAACCAACAAAGCCACUACCCUCUGGAGGAGAAAUGGAACUCGGAGAGUUGCUAAAAUAUAAGUCGCAAGAAGGGAUCCGCGUUGUUUUGUUAAUUUGGGAUGAUAAAACUUCGCACGACAAGUUUCUAUUAAAAACAGAAGGUGUCAUGGCAACACAUGAUGAGGAAACAAAAAAGUUUUUCAAACAUUCUAGUGUUCAUUGUGUGCUUUCUCCUCGUUAUGCAAGCAAUAAGCUUAGCAUUUUCAAGCAACAGGUUGUGGGAACUCUUUUUACGCAUCAUCAGAAGUGUGUGAUUCUUGACACAGCUUCUGGGAGUAACAGGAAAAUAACUGCUUUCAUUGGUGGUCUUGAUUUAUGUGAUGGCCGAUAUGAUACUCCUGAGCAUAGACUAUUUCGUGAACUUGACACAGUCUUUGAAAAUGAUAUUCAUAACCCUACAUUUCCUACGAACACUUAUGGCCCAAGAGAACCUUGGCACGAUUUACACUGUAAAGUUGAGGGUCCUGCUGCAUAUGAUAUAUUAACAAAUUUUGAGCAAAGAUGGAGAAAAGCGAAAAAGCGUGACUUCAAACUGAAAAAAGUCACUAAUAAGCAUGAUGAUGCGUUGAUAAGGUUAGAUCGCGUCUCAUGGAUAGUCACUCCAACUUCUGAUCAUAAUGGUGAUGAAAAAGUGCGUGUUAGCAAUGAAGAAGAUCGUGAAAACUGGCAUGUACAGGUAUUCAGGUCAAUAGAUUCAGGCUCUGUGAAGGGGUUUCCAAAAGGUGUCCAAGAUGCUGAGGUUCAGAAUCUUAUUUGCGGAAAGAAUUUAAAAAUUGACAAGAGUAUCCAUGUUGCAUAUAUCAAGGCCAUAAGAUCAGCUCAACACUUUAUAUACAUUGAAAAUCAGUAUUUUGUUGGAUCUUCGUAUUAUUGGCCUACAUACAAAAAUGCAGGUGCAGAUAACUUGGUCCCAAUGGAAUUAGCUCUGAAAAUAGCUAGCAAAAUCAAGGCAAAUGAACGUUUCUCAGUGUAUAUAGUAAUACCUAUGUGGCCAGAAGGUGUUCCAACUACCUCAUCUGUUCAAGAAAUUUUAUACUGGCAGGAUAUCAUAUUACCACAGGCACAAACAAUGGGUAUGAUGUACAAGAUUGUUACAAAUGCCCUUAAAGAGGCAGGCCUUUCUGAUCAGUAUCAUCCACAGGAUUAUUUGAACUUUUACUGUCUUGGUAAGCGUGAACCUCCAUCUUCGAAAGGUACAUCUGAAGCUAAUCAGUCAUUUGACAAUCGUACCUUGGCAUCAGCCCAAAAGUUCCGUCGGUUUAUGAUCUAUGUUCAUGCCAAAGGAAUGAUUGUUGAUGAUGAGUUUGUAAUCAUGGGUUCUGCAAAUAUUAACCAAAGAUCAAUGGAUGGUUCAAGGGACACAGAAAUUGCUAUGGGUGCUUACCAACCACACCAUACAUGGGCAACUCUAAAAAAUCUUCAUCCACAUGGCCAGGUAUAUGGUUACCGAAUGUCUCUUUGGGCUGAGCACCUCGGUGGACUUGAGGAUACUUUUAAAGACCCUCAAAGCCUUGAAUGCACUAAGCGUGUUUGUGAGAUUGCCAAACAAAACUGGAAUCAAUUUGUAGCCCAAGAGCAUCGGGAGUUGAAGGGACACUUGAUGCAAUACCCAAUUCAAAUUGGUAGAGAUGGAAAUGUGUCUUCCAUACCAGGAAUUGAAUCAUUUCCUGAUGUUGGUGGUAAAAUUCUCGGGGCACCCACCAAUCUUCCUGAUGUUCUGACAACAUAAAUAGCUAUAAUUAAUUCAAAACUGUUUUCCUGAAAUGUGUAUGAGUUCCACAUAGUUCAUAUAUGCAUAUCCAAAAAUACUGUACAAAAAAGAGGUUAAAUAGUAUUCACCUCGUAGCUUAGGAAUAUCGAUCUUCUGCUUAAUCUGUAGAUGAAGUUAGGUUUUCAAUAUAAUCAUUAACAGAAAUUUAGAGCCUAGUAUUCUGUGUGAUUAGGCUUUGCCUUUCAUAGACAAAAUUUGUGUUUAAUGUAUUUUUCACC